ACAAGUAAAUGAAGACUCAAACACCCUUUUCUUGGUUACAUCUGAUUCUUCAUCUGUUCUUGUUAGUUUUAAGUGUAGGUCAAGUUCUGUUGGCAAAUACCGAUGAUGGAAGCUUUUUCCGGUGUCUUAUUGAUAACUCUGAUGGCUCGAAUUUGAUCUCUAAAGUUGUUUACAGCCCGAAUAACUCUUCAUACACAUCAGUCUUGCAAUUCUCUAUAAAUAACCUCAGAUUCACAUCACUUUCAACUCCAAAACCACUCUUCGUAGUUACACCAGUUAACGAAUCCCAAAUCCAAACGGUCGUUUACUGCUCCAAGAAGAAUGGAUUGGAGAUUAGGACUCGUAGCGGAGGCCAUGAUUUCGAGGGAUUGUCAUAUGUUUCACAAGUACCAUUUGUGAUUCUUGAUCUUAUAAAUCUAAGAUCCAUAAUGGUCGACACUAAAAGUGCCACAGCAUGGGUUCAAGCUGGGGCAACUUUAGGUGAAUUCUACUAUGCGAUUGCACAGAAAAGUAGGAAUCUUGGAUUUCCGGCAGGUGUUUGGUAUGCAUUAGGUCUCGGUGGUCACGUAAGUGGUGGAGGGUAUGGUGGAAUGAUGAGAAAAUACGGUCUAGCAGCUGAUAAUGUAAUCGAUGCUCGAUUCAUCAAUGUUCAUGGCAAGAUUCUUGACAGAAAAUUAAUGGGCGAGGAUCUUUUCUGGGCUAUUAAAGGAGGAGGAGGUUCUAGUUUCGGGAUCAUUCUUUCAUGGAAGAUGAAGCUGGUUUCCGUUCCAGAAACAGUGACCGUGUUUUCAAUUGAUAGAAUCUUGGAACAAAAUCUAACCAAAAUUAUCCAAAAGUGGCAAUAUGUUGCACCAAAGAUAGAUAAAGAUCUCGAUAUUAGAGUUCUGAUGUUCAGUGUGGUCAAUCCAGAAACGGGAAAUCGAACAAUAAGAGCAACUUUUGAAACCCUUUUUAUCGGUGGAAUCGAAAGAUUACUUGUAUUGAUGCAAGAAAAGUUCCCUGAGUUGGGUUUGGCAAGAGAAGAUUGUACGGAAAUGAGCUGGAUAGAAUCUGUGGUAUUCGGUUCUAGUUUCAGAAACGGAGAACCUCCAGAAAUACUUCUGAACAGAACUGCCAUGCCGAAGAAUUCUUUCAAAGCGAAAUCAGAUUUUGCAACACAUCCGAUUCCUGAAGAGGGGUUUGAAGGGAUUUGGGAGUUUUACAAUGAGAAAAUAGAAGCAGGAAUGGCGCUGUUGGUGUUAACCCCAUAUGGAGGAAAGAUGGAUGAGAUUCCAGAAUCGGCUAUUCCGUUCCCACAUAGACUCGGAUCAUUAUAUAUGAUCGAAUAUCUGGUUGGGUGGGAUGGAGAUGAAACAUCACCACAUAUAAGUUGGAUUAGAAGCUUGUACAGCUACAUGGCUUCUUAUGUUUCCAACUAUCCUAGAAUGGCCUGUUUGAACUAUAACGAUCUUGAUCUGGGAGUAGGCACAAGCUAUUCAGAAGCUAGUAGUAGUUGGGGUCCAAAGUACUUCAGAAAUAAUUUCAACAGGCUGGUAAAGGUGAAGACCAUGGUUGAUCCUGGUAACUUUUUCAAGCAUGAGCAAAGUAUUCCUACUAGAUUCUAAUCCCAUGAGUUUCCAAUAAUGCAA